UAAAAACCUAUCUUAUCAUCGACUGUUCUAAAUUUACAAAGAAUUUAGAAAGUACCGAGAACAGCUUCCCCAGGAGCGCAUACAUCAAGGCUGGACAGACUGUCAGGUGCCUGCAUCACUAGUAAAGACCAGAAAAUUCGAAACAAACAGAGACAAAGGAAAACCCCCCAAAGCUAAUCCAAAACGAAAGUGAUGGCCAACCAAACCCCCUACUUCUUCUUCGCGCCCACGUGGGACUACCCGCCGCCGCCCGCCGGGCCCAUCCAGCUGGGCAACGUGCUCACCUCGCUGCAGAAACCCGACCAGCCCCUCUUCACCGCGUCGCCGCCCGCCGCAUCCGAGGUCUUCGCCUCGGACAAGACCGCCGUCACCUUCUCGCGCGAGCGCCUGCGGGCCGGGAAGUUCGGGGUCCUCACCCAGUUCCUCUCGUUGCUAGGGUUCGGGGUGGAUGUUGGGGGAGCGUGGGAGAGAAGUGCCGAGGAGACCUUCCGCUUCGAGACCAUCACCACCACGCAAUUCGUGCCGCGGCCCGGCUACGUCCAGGAGAAAUGCAUCGACGCCUCCCCCGUGGUGCAGCGGUGGCUCGAGCGGUCCCGAUACCGGAAGCCGCUGUACCUCAUCGUGGGGUUGAAGGUGGUCCACGGGGCGAAGGCGGGCCGGUCGCGGACCGGGCGGGAGAUCAGCGGCAAUCUGGCGGCCACCGUGGACGGGACGGUGUGGAGCGGCGGCGUGGUUCCGGUGGCUGGGGGCCCGGAGUUCGAACUCACCCAGUCCAAGAAGGUGGGUAUGGACUGGGAGAAUGGGGGGGAUUUUGUUCUAGCCUUUCGUGUCAAAAGGAUCAAGGUGGCGAGGAAGACGAACGAGGUGCGCGAGGCGGAAGAUUAUGCGACAGGCGCUAUGCUGGGGAAUGAGCCGGUGGUCUUGGGCGAAUCGCAGGGUGUUUUAGUUCUUGAGGAGGAUGACCUGGAAGUGGGCGGCGAUGAGAAAGAGUGGACAGGCAUGCAAAUGACCGAGGGAGACGAGCUUAUUACGGUUGGCGUGCCUCGGUCGGACGGCGCAGCAAGUCUCCAGUGACUACCGGCGGAGUAUGUCGCGCAGUGUAUGGUUGAUGAACUCCGGAUCCUUCCCAAAUAGAUUAUCGGAAUAAAGGCUCAAGGCCACAAAAUGGUAAUCAUCGCGGGCGCGCGAG